AUGCUGGCAGCACGCACAGGGACCGUGGGGAACAAAAAUGCUGAGGAGACCCUGAAGCUGAGGAAGCAGUCGGUGCUUUCCCUGGGGAGCAGGGAAAGAGCCGUGAAGAGCAACUUGGAAAGUGGGAAGGAGAGCCGAGCCCGGGCUGGCCAGCUACAGCAGCGUGCCCGGCGGCUGGCUUUGCUGCGGGAGCUGGAGAUGAACUGGUACCUGCGGGUCUGUGAGCUCUCCCAUGAGUACACCAUCGCCUACACCACUGGGAUGCCCCACAGAAACCUUGGAAAAUCUGGACUGAGAGUCUCGUGCCUUGGGCUGGGGACAUGGGUCACUUUUGGAGGUCAAAUCUCAGAUGAGGUGGCUGAGCAGCUGAUGACCAUCGCCUAUGAAAGUGGUGUCAACUUGUUCGACACAGCUGAGGUGUAUGCGGCCGGCAAGGCUGAGGUCAUCCUGGGGAACAUCCUGAAGAAGAAGGGCUGGAGGAGGUCCAGUCUGGUCAUAACAACAAAACUGUACUGGGGUGGAAAAGCUGAAACAGAAAGAGGGCUUUCAAGAAAACACAUUAUUGAAGGGCUAAAGGCUUCUCUCCAGAGACUGCAGCUGGAAUACGUGGAUGUUGUCUUUGCCAACCGGCCAGACAAUAAUACCCCCAUGGAAGAAAUCGUCCGAGCGAUGACACACGUAAUAAAUCAAGGCAUGGCGAUGUACUGGGGAACGUCGCGCUGGAGUGCUAUGGAGAUCAUGGAAGCAUAUUCUGUAGCCCGGCAGUUUAACAUGAUACCGCCUGUGUGUGAACAAGCUGAAUACCAUCUUUUCCAAAGAGAGAAAGUGGAGGUUCAGCUGCCAGAAUUAUAUCACAAAAUUGGGGUCGGAGCAAUGACAUGGUCCCCACUAGCCUGUGGGAUCAUCUCAGGGAAAUAUGGCAAUGGGGUCCCUGAAAGCUCAAGGGCUGCAUUAAAGUGCUACCAGUGGCUGAAAGAGAAAAUCGUAAGUGAGGAAGGCAGAAAGCAGCAGGUGAAGCUGAAAGACCUGUCACCCAUCGCCGUGCGCCUCGGGUGCACACUGCCUCAGCUGGCUGUCGCAUGGUGCCUGAGAAACGAGGGUGUGAGCUCCGUCCUUCUAGGAUCUUCCAACCCAGAGCAGCUGAUAGAGAACCUUGGAGCCAUACAGGUCCUUCCAAAAAUGACAUCCCAUAUUGUAAAUGAAAUAGAUAAUAUUCUGGGAAAUAAGCCCUACAGCAAGAAGGACUACAGAUCAUAAUGCGAUGCAUGAAUUACCUGGACUGCAUGGUUUUAGCAGUGCUCUGUACGGAAGUACAGCCCCGAAUUAAUAUCCGGUCAUGAGAAUCAUUCAGCAACUUGCUGCUCAGUGUCUACUGUCACUGGAUCCUUCGAGAUGUGUGCUGUUGCUACUAACCUGCAAUGAAAUUUAAAAGCACAGUUGAUCUCUCUUCUAACCAAGAAUAAUACCGUAUUUUCUUACCUUUGACCGAAUACAUUAAUUUUUACUUUACUCUUAGCACUUCAUGCUUGUGUUGUGAAAAACACUUGUAAAGCAAAAAA